CCACAGUCAUAGAAGAGUGCUUUUUUGUCUCAUUUAUAUGGGUUUAAUCUUUCUGCAGGAACUUCUUCAAGGUCUUUCUUCAAAGGAAUCGGGAUGUGGAGGGAAGAGACUAUUUACAAGAGAGAAAAGACCAAGCAACGAGCGACUCUGAUUAAUUCCCACGAUGAAGAUAAGACAGUUAGAAUCGACACAAAAUGUGAGCCUUUGAUUCCUAGAGAAGAGAAGUCAACUGUGGAAAUUUUAUGUCUGAACCUUAGGUGGAAGAGGAUUCUGGUACUGGUUCUGGUUUGGGCUGGUUUCCUACUAGUUCAAAUCAUCAAGAAUGAUGUGGAGAGCUGCAGUAUAUGGUAUUGGGUGCUUUUUGGCUUGCAGUUUCCAAUUGCACUGUUGUUGUUUGGCUAUGAAGCAGUGAAGUUGUACAAGGAGCACAAAAGGAGGAUGAGCACAGGGAACUCUGAAUGCAUAUGUGGAGCUUCUAUAGAAUGGACUGCUGUGAACCUUGCAUUCUGUGCAUUAUGUGGCAUUGUUGGGGGAGUUGUUGGAGGCCUACUUGGUUCUGGAGGUGGAUUUAUUUUGGGCCCUCUUCUUCUAGAGAUUGGUGUCAUUCCUCAGGUUGCCAGUGCAACAGCAACAUUUGUGAUGAUGUUUUCCUCAUCUCUGUCUGUGGUUGAAUUCUACUUGCUCAAGAGGUUUCCCAUUCCUUAUGCAUUAUACCUCACCUCAGUUUCUAUUUUGGCUGGCUUCUGGGGCCAGUUUUUUGUGAGAAGAAUUGUUGCAUUUCUUGGAAGAGCAUCAAUCAUUGUAUUCAUCCUCUCUGGUGUCAUUUUUGCCAGUGCUCUCACAAUGGGUGUCGUUGGCAUUGAGAGCAGCAUUGAAAUGAUAAACAACCACGAGUUCAUGGGAUUCUUGGGAUUCUGUUCCAGCCAGUGAUAUAUCUUAUAUUAUCUUAGACUGCAUGAGAAAUAGAAAAAUAAAAUUUGGUGUGAAUGAAAAUGAAGUGUGAAGAACAAUGGCACUAACAAAUGUUGGUCAAUGCCUGGUUGACCACCAUGAACGUCAGUGUCGAUAAUAAAUAAGGCUUGUGAGAAUAAAUUUGUGGAUGAGUGUUAGCUCCUCGCUAACACGUAUAUCACAGUGGUUUCAGAUUUCUUAAAUUUGUGUAAAGAAAAAAGAAACAAUGGAAAUUAUAUCACUUUGUUUUAUA